AUGGACAUAUCGGAAGAUUGCUGGGACCACGUGGGUCUGCUUCAAGAGGUCUCCGGUUCGGAACCACCCCCGCCACCGCCCGCGCCUGACUUCCUAAUUCAGCAACAGGAGCUGCUGGUGAGCGGCGGACAGCCAACGACGGCGACAUCGCCGGCGAUGUCGUCGGGAGGCGCGCUCAGCCCCGGCGCGCUCUCACCGUCCUCGACGGCGACGACGACCGGCGCCGCGGCAGCCGCCGCCUCCGGAGGGGCGAGCACCCCUGUAGCCGGCACCACGGGGCCUGGUUGCUGCGAGAACGGCAGGCCCAUGAUGACAGACCCUGUCACAGGACAAACGGUGUGCAGCUGUCAGUACGACAGCGCGGCAAGGCUGGCGUUGGGCGCUUAUCCAAGGCUAGCGCCCACUGCCACCUCCUAUUCGUCCUAUCCCACGCCGACGCCGUCCACCACCGACCAAGGGCCUUACCCUAGCAUCGGAAUGGACAGCUCAGCGUUUUACCCACCUCUGGGAAAUCCGUACGGAUUGAAGGACACGACGGGGAUGGGCAUGACGGCGGAUAUGGGUGCUGCAUGGGGCACAGCAGCCCUUCAGCCUGCCGCCACGGGUUACUACCCCUACGAUCCAACCCUGGCCGCCUACGGAUACGGCGCCGGAUACGACCUCGCUGCGCGGCGGAAGAACGCGACGAGGGAGUCCACGGCGACGCUGAAGGCCUGGCUGAACGAGCACAAGAAGAACCCGUACCCAACCAAGGGCGAGAAGAUCAUGCUGGCCAUCAUCACGAAGAUGACACUGACGCAAGUGUCCACAUGGUUCGCGAACGCGCGGCGGCGCCUCAAGAAGGAGAACAAGAUGACCUGGGAGCCGAAGAACAAGACAGACGACGACGACGACGCGGUUCUCACGGACUCGGAGGACAACAAGGAAAAAGACGAUCUCGCGGGUGACAAUCAAGGCGACAGGGUCGGCGAGGAGGCGAGGAGAGGUCUCGAGGAAAACGAGCCGAUGAGGCACGUGAAAGCGGAGCACUUGCAGCACGACAAGGACCUCGACGAGGAGGACGACCUCGAUCUCGAGGAGGAUCCCCGGCGAGGAGAGCAUCCCUUUCACCACGCGAUGCAGCACCAUCACCAUCAUCACCAAGGAUACGCCGGGGAGGACCAUCUCAAGGACGAGGGCAUCAAGUCUGACUGUAGCGCGGCUGGAGUUCCUAUACCGGCGACCAAACCGAAAAUCUGGUCUCUCGCGGACACGGCUGCCUGUAAAACACCGCCGCCACCUACGCAUCCUCAUCAUCAACAGUACCAUCAUCUUCACCAUCAACAGCACUACGGUCAACAACAGCAUCACCUGUCCAACCAAGGUCAUCAUCAUCAUUCUCAGCAACCUUGGCUCGGUUCCGGCGGUGGUACCGGUGCCGGCGGAGGCGGUGGAAACCUGAGUUCGUUCGCUUUACCCUCCUCGGCGUCUAUGAGCCCAUCGGCGGCUGCAACAGCGCCAUACUCGAGCGCAGCGACGAGGUACGGCGGUUUCCUCUCGUCCUCGUCCGGCGGGCAACUCCACUACAACCCAAACUCCUCUUCCGGUUCGACUUCGAGCGCGUCCUCUUCGGCGGCGGCGGGGUUUCCCGAGGUUGGUACGGACACUCCACCCCAGACACCGCCCAACAUGAAGGUGGCUACACCGAAUGGAGUGAUCCAGGCACCAGCAGCCGGUUACUGCACUACUGGCAACGGGAACGCCACGAGCAACGGUAAUCCGAAUCCGUACGGGCCAAGUCAUCCGGCUGCCGGUGGAUAUCUGUCGACCAGUUCCGGAUCGGCCAGCAGCGCUUCCUCCUUCAGCUCCAGGCUACAGGCAUCCCCUCACAAAGACUUCUCGCCGGCGGGACAGAACUCGAUUCUCCAUCAGCAUCAGACCACUGCCAGCCUACCGCCCACGGAGGCCACCACCGCCUUUAAACCGUUCUACAAGGGCUCACAGUCCAUGGGCAGCGGAUUCGUGUCGCCGGUGUAAGCCACGCAGGCUCCAUUCAGGAUCAUCGUCGCGUCUCUCGAGGAUCUCGCGAAGGACGCAGGGGCCUGCGACCGGACUGUAAAUACGCUCUGCUGAGAGGUCCCAGGAUUUAUUAGCACGAUCUCGGCUCCAGGAGGAGAGAGAGGCGGAACCAGGAAGAGGAAGAGAGGCACGUGAGACGAGAAGCGGUGGAAGAGGAGUGAGGAGGAGAGAACGGUAGGCGAGGCCGAUGGUUGCGCGCAAAGAAACCAAGAAGAAACUGCUUCCACAGAGUGAAGAUGG